CGCCUGCCCUGGUGCCGGGCAGCCUUCAGCCUGGGUCUCCUCUUCCUGAUGCUCCUGCUGGCACAGAUCAUCCUUGUCAGCCUGAGUUUCCACUGUAAGUACCAGCCAUCCAGUGCCCAGAUCUCUGCAGAGGGGGUCAUGGGGUCAGGGCUGGCACCAAAGCACUUGUGUACUGACAGCCUGAGCUGCAGCUUCCCCAUGAAGCUGGGUGCUUCUUCUUGGGGCUGUGGCCAUCAUGGGUUCUGGGGAAAGCAGGAAAACUGAUGAAGCAAGACACCACCUACGUAACUGGAAAGGAAGCUGGGGCAACAAUGUGGGCUUGGGGAAAGCCACUCCAUCAGAUGACAGUGAAAGAAAGGCAGGAGGGAAGGCACUGAUACUGAUACUGAAAGAGAGCAGCACUUUCCCCGAAAGCCUGUUGCAUGAAGGGCUCCCAAGCACAGCAAAAUCUGCAAGGACCUUGGCAGACUCACCCACAGCCAUGAGGCUGUCCACUGGGUGCUGCUGGGAGCAGGAGCCCAGAGUUGCUGGGACACACCUGUGCUCUUCUGCUGUAGAUUUAGUGCAACAGCAAACAAGCUGCACAGAUGGUCCCUGGAGAACAGAGGAGAGCCCCAGCUAUGGGAAACAGACACUGGAAGGGAGAUGCCAGUUUUGCCCAGUUGGCUGGCUCUGGGAUGCGGGGCAGUGCUACUACUUUUCCUCUGCCAAAAAGAACUGGGAGCAGAGCAGAGAGGAUUGCUGCUCCAGAGGGGCCCAGCUGGUCACCAUCCAAACCAACACCACCCUGGCUUUCCUGGUACGAACGGCUAAUAUGGAUGCCUUUCAUGUGGGGCUGAAGCAGGAUGGCUUCAGGUCUGAGUGGAAGUGGCUGGAUGGCACCACAAUGGAAGGGAUCUUCCUCAUCCAGCGCUACACCCGGUCUUUCCAGGCUUGUGGCAGGGUGUCAGGCUUGGGACUUUUAGGUGGUGCAUGCACAGAAGCCCUCAGAUGGGUCUGCAAGCAGAGUGCAGCCACUGUGCAGUGGCUCCAGUCCUCGCCUCCUGCCUUCCUCUGGGGAAACACCACCUACAGCUGUGUGAGGCCCUGAUGGCCAUGGUGACCCCCAGCCUGUGCCACCACCCUGUUCCCAGCCUGACCCCAGAGCAUGGGCAUUCCCAGGCUCCACUGCCUCCUGGCUCAGGCCUCUUUACCCUCCAGAACUCUGCACUUUGUCAAUAAAUUCUGCCAAUAACUGCA